UUGGUGAGAUGUCGUCUGACUUCCUCCUGCUGUGAUGAUCUCCGCUCCAUUCUUAUCACUAACCCAUCCCUCACCAGCCUGGAUUUAUCACGUAAUAAUCUCCAAGACUCUGGAAUGAGACUUCUGUGUGAGGGACUCCGACAUCCUGGCUGUACUCUGCAGGAGCUGAGAAUAGCAGGGUGUGGUGUGCCAUUAUGGUGCUGUGAUGAUCUCUGCUCCGUGAUCUCCACAAACCGAACUCUGACCAGACUGGGGGUGACAUUGGAUGGUGAGAAGAUGUCGGACACAGAAGUGGAUCAUUGUUAUCAGGUCCUCCGGAAUGCCGGCUUCACUAUGAAUAGAAGG